AUGUAUUGUUAUCAAUGCUGUCAUCUGUCCCAGCAGCCUCACAAUGAGUAUCCUGAAACAUUGUUCGAAUACGGUCAAGACUUGAGAGACCUAGAAUUAUACACCACCUACGUCUCACACCCCGAAACAGCUCAAGGUCUCAAUCCAUAUUAUAUACCAUACGCAUUCGAAGCGUGCCAAGCAGCGAUAGACGAGGCAUCAAAAGUAAACAGGGAGAAAGACCUCAAUGCAGCAUCGGUGUUGCUUACGAUAAAUGGACAUAGUCUCUGGGAGGCGCAACGACAACAAUUCCCUGAACCAAUAAAUAUUCAGGAAUACAACCAGCGGGCGACUACCGAGAAUGACUCCAUCUACUUCUGGUUGAAGUUUAAUAACUGUUGGCUAGAGCUUGGCCGAAAUAUCUCGGAGAUACUUCAGCAAUGUACUCACUUGGACUGCAAUGCUAAAGACAGCCUGGAAGAAUGGCUGAACGAACUAGUGGAACCAUGUCAUCAACGUAUCCGACUUUCUAGAGGGCUUCGGCCUGUUGCUUGCUUUGGAGGCUGCUUUGAGGCGUUGAAGCAGAUUGGUACGACGUCUUUCAACUCUCAAGGGUCAUAUGAAGGGACUGAGGCCCAGAUGACCCAACAAUAG